AGAGAAGCAAAAAGAUCCUAAAUAUUCUUUUUUUAAAAAAUGAUUCCCCCUACAAAGAAACGGAAGCACAUCUGUUUUUGCAAGCUUGCAAAAGAAAAGAUGAUGCAUCAAAACCAGGCAAUAUUCAGAAUUCACCUAUGUGGUGCCUCAGCUCUGGUUGUAGCCUUUUCACAUCCUUCCCCUGAGAAUUCAAGAUAGCAACAAUUUUAGAUAAUCUCCUUACCUUUCUUCUAAGCCACUCCAUAUUUCACAAGGAAAAUCAUGGCAGCCAAUGACUCAAACUAUAAUGAAGAGGAGUUUUUGAAACAUUUCUAUGCUAUCGUGUACACAAUCAUCCUGAUUCCCGGGCUGAUUGGGAAUGUUCUGGCUCUCUGGGUCUUCUAUGGUUAUAUGAAAGAAACUAAACGGGCCGUGAUUUUUAUGUUCAAUCUUGCAAUUGCAGACUUGGCCCAAGUUUUAUCUCUGCCACUAAGGAUUUUUUAUUACCUGUCUAAAAGUUGGUACCUGGGGAAGGAACUUUGCAUGUUUUGCUUCUACCUCAAGUACGUCAACAUGUAUGCAAGCAUUUACUUCUUGGUUUGCAUCAGUGUGAGGAGGUUCCAAUUCCUCAUGCACCCUCUGAAGUUCAGUGAUUGCAAGUGCAUCUAUGAUAUGUACAUCUGCAUUGUGGGGUGGCUGGUGGUUUGCGUUGGCUGCUUAUCUUUCCCCCUUCUGCGUCUUACCUCCAACAAGACCUGUGCUGACGAUAAAUGUUUUGUCGACCUGCCCUUGAAGACUGCAGAUGAACCUAUCUCAAUAGCAAUGAUGUCCCUGGGUGAGCUGGUUGGCUUUGUAACCCCCCUGUUGAUCAUCUUGUACUGUUCCUGGAAGACCAUCUUAUCUCUCCAAGAGAAGAAUUCUGUUUCCCAAGACCUCGGGGAGAAACAGAAAGCCUUGAAGAUGAUCCUGACUUGUGCUGUUGUCUUUUUGAUUUGCUUUGGUCCUUAUCACAUCAGCUUCCCUUUGAAUUAUUUGGUCAAGACCCAAAAUAUAGAAGAUUCUGAUGCCCGAAAGGCUAUCUUGGUCUUCCACGCCAUUGCCUUGUGUCUUGCCAGUUUAAAUUCCUGCCUCGACCCUAUAAUUUAUUACUUUACCACAGAUGAGUUUCGAAGGCGCCUUUCAAGGCAGGUUUUACAGGACAGCAUUCAAUUUCACAACAUGCACUGCGGACGUGCAAAGCAUCCAUCUGAAAUAAGUAUAGUUGAGUGA